GGCAGCAUUAGUGUAAAUUGGUGCAGGAAGAGCCAGUGUGUCGGGUGUUGGACACGAAACAAAUGAAGGAGGUUUGUUAAUUGUUUUGUUUAGGCAGGUUGGGUCUGUAUGUGCAAAUUUAAAUAGUUCCUUCUUUAUACUGCUAGUGCUUUUGAUUUGAAUUUUUGCUUGAAGUAACAAUUUUUUUAGGGAGAGAAGUAACGUGUUUGUAACUGGACUUGUGGCUGCAGGAAUUUUGGUCCUGUAAAUCCCAAAUUCCCAUUGCCAGCUGCUUGUUGUCUUCGAAUCCAUCGCCAUUUUCUCGCCAUCAGCUUGCUGCAUGGACUGUUGGUGGUCUUUGAAAAGCAGAUUUUAUACCAACAAAGAUGAUAUUGAAAUUAAAUGGCCGAGAUGCAUGCAGAGAUAUACAUCCAAGGAAAUUGCUUGGGUCUCAGAUAAAAUCCUUGCUUCCCCAAGCAAAAGCAGGAGGGAUCCUAUAUUAGUAUCCAAAAUAAGAACAGGCAUUUCAUUUCUCCUCUGCAACAAAUUCAAAUUGGUACUAUCCAAUUUGAUGGUCAUGAAGCCAGGGCAAGUUCAACUCCUCUCUGUUCUCAAAGCAUGCCAAAGCUAUGUGGGCAGUAAUAUUUCAAACCUCACGAGAAUGGCUGCUCCUACAACUCUUGUUGGCUCUCCAGAGCUCAAACAACCAGUAACCUCAUCACCACCACCACCACAACUCCAAUUACUUUACCAACUCGCUUCUGUCCCAUCCACCACCAAGGAUAAUUACCGCUCCUUCGGUAACCCCUGCCGUGCAAUCUAUUUCAACUACAAAACUCAUAGACAUCUGAAGCAACUGCUCCCACUCGCCUGGUCCCACAAUCCCCUAACCACCCUUAAGCUCAUCUGUAGCCUACUACGCUUCAAAGAGAGAGAAUUGUUUUACACGGCGGCGUCUUGGCUCUUCCAGAACCACCCCAAGACCCUAGCGUGCAACGUGGUGCCUAUUGCUGGGCAUUGGGGGAUUUCAAAGACAUUCUGGAGGUUCUCUAUGGGAUUCUAGAUGUCAAUGCCGUGAGGAAGAGGAGGAGUCGGAGUCGGAAUUUGUGGUUUGACUACGAGGAGGACGUGAUACAGAAGAAAGUAGGCAGCGGGGCGGAUACUAGUAGUAAUACGAGAAAGAAGAUGAUCGACAUGGCAAGGAAGGCUGUUGAGAUGUAUGAGCGUGAUCCAGAUUAUCAACUGUUACACGAGCGGGUUUCGGAUCUUUAUGCUGAAUGCUUGAAGUCUGAUAUUCAGAAUUUGAAGAAAUAUGAGAAGCAGAAGAUGGAAAAUGUCAAUGGUCCUGACAAGUUAAAUUUGGAAUUGAAGUUAACCAUGGCAGCCAAGUGGUGCCCUUCUGUCGAUUCCUUCUUUGAUCGCUCCACGUUGCUCUGUGAGACCAUUGCAAGGAAGCUUUUCCCUCGAGAGGAAUGCAAGAAAGGUAAUUCUGUUGAGGAGGAGGAGGCGGAUUACGUGUCAAGAGUUCGAGAGCGGCUGAUGAAUGAAGUUUUGGAGCCCUUGAGGAAAGUCAUUAAAGAAGGUUAUGAAGAAAAAUAUGUACCCUAUGAAAGAAGGGGAGAAGACCCUCGGGUGAAGAAGUAUUUGAUUCGUGUCAACUCAAAAAAGAUUGAAGCAGGUGCUAUGCUUCCACAUCAGAUCAUAGGCUAUGUGAAUGACCGCCCAAUUUCAGGGAACUGGCUGAGGCUCAGUGGAAGGCGAUGGUGGAGGAGAUGUAUUCAAAGCAGGGAAAGUUCAAGAACUGCUUAGCUGUGUGUGACGUCUCUGGAAGGAUGUCUAGGGAUCCCAUGAAUUUUUCAUUGGGUUUGGGACUGUUGGUGUCUGAGCUGAGUGAAGAGCCAUGGAAAGGAAAGGUCUUCACUUUUAGUCGAAAUCCUCAGCUACUUUUGAUACAAGGCGAUGAUCUUAAGUCCAAGUACGCGUUUAUGAGGAGGAUGGACAACCAGGACUGGGACGGGGAGACUGAUUUUAACAAGGUGUUUGAUUUGAUCCUGGAAGUGGCUGUGAAGGGGAACUUGAAGCCAGAGCAAAUGAUCAAGAGGUUGUAUGUGUUCACCAGUGACCAAGAUUUUGAUGAUGCUUCAGCAAAUAGCUGGAAGACUGAUUAUCGGACAAUACAGAGCAAGUUUAAGGAGAAAGGAUAUGGCGAUGUGGUGCCACGCGUAGUGUUUUGGGAUAUGAACAAAGACGAGGCUAUCCCGGUGGCACGUUCUGCAGAACAAGGGGUGGCCAGGAUGACUGGCUACUCCAAGAACUUAGUCAAUUGCUUCUUGGACAAUGAUGGGGAUGUCAGCCCCGAUCAUGUUAUGGAAGCAGCCAUCUCUGGCAAUUAUUAUCAAAACCUGGCUGUAGUUGACUGAUCCUCAUGUGAUUGCAGUCUCCUUCUCCUUUGGCAUUUGGGAUUUUAUGAAAAGAAACUUGAAUUGACUAAUUUAAUGAUACGAUAAUGUUUCUGUCCUGUUUUA